GGCGCGGAGUGUGCGGCGGUCGGCUCCGGGGCAGCCAGCCUCUUGCCUUCUCCCACCGCGGGCGCGCGGUUCCCCGUGGGCCAACGGCGGGCAGCCGAGGCCGAGACGCCCCAGGGUGUCCUUAGCGCCCCGCAGCACCGCGACAGCCGCGCCGAUCGGGUUCCUUGGGGAGACUUGGACUUGUUCGAGACCCGAUGGCCAAAAGAAAGGAAGAAAAUUUCUUCUCUCCUGAAAAUGCCAAAAGACCGAGGCAAGAAGAGCUGGAUGAUUUUGACAAAGACGGUGAUGAAGAUGAAUGUACAGUUUCUUUCACUAAUGGUACCUCUACUUUGACCGCAGCAGAAGUUGGAAUAAUUGAGAGUAUUCAGCUAAGAAACUUUAUGUGUCAUUCGAUGCUUGGACCCUUUAAAUUUGGUUCUAAUGUCAACUUUGUUGUUGGCAACAAUGGAAGUGGGAAGAGCGCCGUCCUCACAGCUCUCAUCGUUGGCCUUGGAGGAAAAGCCGUCGCUACUAAUAGAGGCUCUUCUUUAAAAGGUUUUGUGAAGGAUGGACAGAACUCAGCAGAUAUCUCAAUAACAUUAAGGAACAGAGGAGAUGAUGCCUAUAGAGCAAAUGUGUACGGCAACUCUAUAGUCGUGCAGCAGCACAUCAGCAUGGAUGGAAGUCGAUCUUAUAAACUAAAAAGUGAAACAGGCACUGUGGUUUCUACUAGAAAAGAAGAGCUGAUUGCAAUUCUUGACCAUUUUAACAUACAGGUGGAUAAUCCAGUUUCUGUUCUAACACAAGAGAUGAGCAAGCAGUUCUUGCAGUCUAAAAAUGAGGGAGACAAAUACAAAUUCUUUAUGAAAGCAACCCAACUUGAACAGAUGAAAGAAGAUUAUUCGUAUAUUAUGGAAACAAAAGAAAGAACAAAGGAGCAGAUAAAUCAAGGAGAAGAGCGACUUAUUGAGCUAAAACGCCAGUGUUUGGAGAAAGAAGAACGUUUUCAAAGUAUUGCUGGUUUAAGUACAAUGAAGACUAAUUUAGAAUACUUGAAACAUGAAAUGGCUUGGGCAGUGGUCAAUGAAAUUGAAAAACAAUUGAAUGCUAUCAGAGAUAAUAUCAAAAUUGGGGAAGAUCGUGCUGCUAGACUUGACAGGAAGAUGGAAGAACAGCAGGUUAGACUUAAUGAAGCAGAAAAAAAAUACAAAGAUAUUCAAGAUAAACUGGAAAAGAUUAGUCAAGAGACAAAUGCACGAGCACCAGAAUGUAUGGCAUUGAAAACAGAUGUUACUGCUAAGAAAAGGGUCUAUAAUGAAGCUGAGGUUUUGUAUAAUCGUUCUCUAAACGAGUAUAGAGCAUUAAUGAAAGAUGAUGAACAGCUUUGCAAAAGGAUUGAAGAACUAAAGAAAAGUACUGAUCAAUCUUUGGAACCUGAACGAUUGGAAAGACAAAAAAAAAUAUCUUGGUUAAAAGAGAGAGUAAAGGCCUUGCAGGAUCAAGAAAGCUCAAUCAAUCAAGAGAUCGAACAGUUUCAGCAAGCCAUAGAAAAGGACAAGGAAGAACGGAUCAGAAUUAAGAGAGAAGAAUUAGAUGUCAAGCAUACACUGAGCUAUAAUCAGAGGCAACUGAAAGAAUUAAAAGAUAGUAAAACUGAUCGACUGAAAAGAUUUGGCCCUCACGUUCCAGCCCUUCUUGAAGCAAUAGAUGAUGCCUAUAGACGUGGGCAUUUUACCUAUAAACCCGUGGGCCCUUUAGGAGCUUGCAUUCAUCUUCGUGACCCUGAACUUGCUUUGGCUAUUGAAUCUUGCUUGAAAGGACUUCUGCAGGCCUAUUGUUGCCAUAACCAUGCUGAUGAAAGAGUUCUUCAGGCACUGAUGGAAAGGUUUUAUUCACGAGGGACCUCACGGCCACAGAUAAUAGUUUCUGAGUUUCGGAAUGAGAUGUAUGAUGUAAGACACAGAGCUGCUUAUCAUCCAGAGUUUCCAACAGUCCUGACAGCUUUAGAAAUAGAUAAUGCAGUGGUUGCAAACAGCCUGAUUGACAUGAGAAGCAUAGAGACAGUGCUUCUGAUCAAAAAUAAUUCUGUAGCUCGUGCAGUAAUGCAGUCCCAAAAGCCACCCAAGAAUUGUAGAGAAGCUUUUACUGCUGAUGGUGAUCAAGUCUUUGCAGGACGUUACUAUUCAUCUGAAAAUACAAGACCUAAAUUCCUGAGCAAAGAUGUGGAUUCUGAGAUAAGUGACUUGGAGAAUGAAGUUGAAAAUAAGAAGGCCCAGAUAUUAAAUCUUCAGCAACAUUUGUCUGCCCUUGAAAAAGAUAUUAAGCGUAAUGAAGAGUUUCUUAGAAGGCGCCAAAUACAUUAUAGAGAGUUAAAGGUAAAAAUAACAGAAAGUACUUCUGAAAUUCGGGAACUUGAGAAUAUAGAAGAACACCAGUCUGUAGAUAUUGCAACGUUGGAAGACGAAGCCCAAGAAAAUAAAAUCAAAAUGAAAAUGGUUGAGAAAAAUAUGGAACAACAAAAAGAAAAUAUGGAACAUCUUAAAAGUCUGAAAAUAGAAGCAGAAAACAAGUAUGAUUCAAUUAAACAGAAAAUUAAUCAGCUCUCAGACCUAGCAGAACCACUUAAGGAUGAAUUAAACCUUGCUGAUUCUGAAGUGGAUAACCAGAAACGAGGGAAGCGGCAUUAUGAGGAAAAGCAGAAAGAACAUUUGGAUACUUUAAAUAAAAAGAAACGAGAACUCGACAUGAAAGAAAAAGAACUAGAGGAGAAAAUGUCACAAGCAAGACAAAUCUGCCCAGAACGGAUAGAAGUCAAAAAAUCUGCAUCAAUUCUGGACAAAGAAAUUAAUAGAUUAAGACAAAAGAUACAAGCAGAACAUGCUAGUCAUGGAGAUCGAGAAGAAAUAAUGAGGCAAUAUCAAGAAGCAAGAGAAACCUAUCUUGAUCUGGAUAAUAAAGUAAGGACUUUAAAAAGGUUUAUUAAAUUGCUGGAAGAAAUAAUGACUCAUAGAUACAAAACAUAUCAACAAUUUAGAAGGUGUUUGACUUUACGAUGCAAAUUGUACUUUGACAACCUAUUGUCUCAGAGGGCUUAUUGUGGAAAGAUGAAUUUUGACCACAAGAAUGAAACUCUGAGCAUAUCAGUUCAGCCUGGAGAGGGAAACAGAGCUGCUUUCAAUGACAUGAGAGCCUUAUCCGGAGGAGAACGUUCUUUUUCCACAGUUUGCUUCAUUCUUUCUCUAUGGUCCAUUGCUGAGUCUCCUUUCAGAUGCCUGGAUGAGUUUGAUGUCUACAUGGACAUGGUUAACCGGAGGAUUGCAAUGGACAUGAUACUCAAGAUGGCAGAUUCCCAGCGUUUCAGACAGUUUAUCUUGCUUACCCCUCAAAGCAUGAGUUCACUUCCAUCAAGUAAACUGAUUAGAAUCCUUCGAAUGUCUGACCCUGAAAGAGGACAAACUACAUUGCCUUUCCGACCUGUGGGUCAAGAGGAAGAAGAAGACCGAAGUUGAUCUGUAACUUCCUAUGGCCUACGCCGUAUCCUCAUGUUGAAGGAUUUGUAAAGGGAAACAGAUUCAGGAGUAUGUAAUGAAAUAAAAUGAAACUGAAGAUAAUCUAAAAAUAAAAGAAAAUUCCUUUAUAUUUCUGGCCCCAAUAAAAUAUGUAAAUAAGUCUAGAAAGCCUACUACAACCAGCAAUUUAAGAUUUCUGUUACUUUACUUUGAGGAAAUUAAUUUCAUAGUAUUGGUUUUAAAUCUUUUUUUAAGUUCGUUUUUUUUAACCAUCUACUUUUAUAGAUUGUUUUUCAGAAGUAAAAUUUUGUAUAUAUGUACAUGUACAUAUCUGUUUAGUUUGGGUUCAUUUCUAUGGUAUUUUGUAAGAAUUAAAAUAAAAGUUUGAGCACCUGA